AAUCUGAACAAUGGAACCAGAGACAUCAGCACCGUCCAGGCUCUCUCAUGAUCUUCAUCCUUCGCCAGCGGCAUUUCAUGAAAUAAAUACAGAGUUUUCUGAGGAAAGUAUAAUAUACUCAGACCUCAAAGUUCAUUGUUCUUCAAAUAUCCAGAAUGGAAAAAUAACAAAAACUUUGAAAACAAAAGUGUCUCCGUGGUGCAUUGUUGCUGUGAUAUUUGCCUUUCUUUAUUUAAUCGCUCUGGUAAUAGUUGCAGUUAUGAUAGCCAAGAUUAAUUGUCUUGAAGGGAUCCUGAAUAAGGAAACCAUUGAGACUGCACAAUGCAACAUACUAUAACAAAACAAAGACAGUGUCUUGCUCUGUCACCCAAGCUGGAGUGCAGUGGUGCAAUCUCAGCUCACUACAACCUCCACCCCCCGGGUUCAAGCAAUUCCCCCACAUCAACCUCCCGAGAAGCUGAGACUGCAAGCAUGCUCCACCACACCUAGGUAGUUUUUGUAUUUUUAGUAGAGAGGGGGUUUCACCAUGUUGCCCUGUCUGGUCUCGAACUCCUGGCCUCAAGUAAUCUGCCCACUUUGGCCUCCCAAAGUUCUGGGAUUGCAUGUGAGCCACCACACCCAGCCCACUGUUACCUUUUGGAACAGAAGAAAUAUAUGUAUUUGUCUAAAACAGAAAUGUUAUUAUUUCAUCUAGAUGCUGAAAGAGACACGAGAGUCAACAAAAACGUGCAAUGCAUCUUCUUCCUUUGGGGGAAGAUUUAAAAAGAAAAAUCGACAAUGAACAAGCUUACUUCUUAUUUUUUCUCUAUUGUUAAAAUUCUGUGGUUUUGUUUACAAAAAAGUGACACUAUUAUUAAUAACAGAUUGAUUGAAAAGGAAAAUAAUUGCAGCCAGUGAGGAUUAAGGCUGCUGUGUUAUUAAGUGGAUCUGGCCUGCCACCUAGUGGCCAUAAGUACAAUGACCGCACUCGUUUUGGAAAUAAAGCCUCCCUGAACUGUGAAGCAGUAGGAGGGAAGAACUGGAGGUGGGAGCUGCCUUGCAAACUAGUUUAGCAAUGUCUUUCAGUCGGAUCAAAAUAGAAGACAGAUGACAGAAGACAGGUGGCUUAUUUUCUUAAAGAUGUACAAAGAAGCCUUAUGCUAUAAUCUCCACUCGUAUGUAGCAUGAUAUAGUUUGGCUUUGUGUCCCCACCCAAAUCUCAUCUUGAAUUGUAAUCCCAUAAUCCCCACAUGUCAUGGGAGGGACCCAUGGGGGCAGUUUCCCCUAUGCUGUUCUCCUGACAGUAAGUGAGUUCUUAUGAGAUCUGAUGGGUUUAUAGCCCACUGGCAUUUCCUCUCCUGGCACUCAUUUUCUCUCUUGCCAGCCUGGGAAGAAUGCACCUUCUGCCACGAUUGUAAGCUUCCUGAGGCCUCCCCAGGCACGUGGAACUAUGAUUCAAUUAGACCUUUUUUCUUUUUAAAUUAUCCAGUCUCGAAUAUUUCUUCAUAGCAGUGUGAAAAUAGACUCAUACAGUAAAUUGGUAUUGAGGAAGUGAGGCACUGCUAUAAGGAUACCCGGAAAUGUAGAAGGGAAGCGACUUUGGAACUGGGUAGCAGGCAGAGAUUGGAACAGUUUGGAGGGUUCAGGAGAAGACGAGAAGAUGUGGCAAAGUUUGGAACUUCUGAGAGACUUGUUGAAUGGUUUUGACCAAAAUGCUGAUAGUGAUAUGGACAAUGAAGUCCAGGCUGAGGUGGCCUCGGAUGGAGAUAAGGAACUUGUUGGGAACUGGAGCAAAGAUGACUCUCGCUAUGCUUUAGUAAAGAGACUGGUGGUGUUUUGCCCCUGCCAUAGAGAUCUGUGGAACUUUGAACUUGAGAGACAUGAUUUAGGGUAUCUAGCAGAAGAAAUUUCUAAGUAGCAAACUGUUCAAAAGGAAGUGGAGCAUAAAAGUUUGGAAAAUUUGCAGCCUGAACAUGCAAUUUAAAAAAACCCAUUUUCUGGAGAGAAAUUCAAGCCAGCCGUCUCUUCUAAUAAUACAAAAAUUAGCCAGGCAUGGUGACACACGUGCCUGUAAUUCCAGCUACUAGGAAGGCUGAGGCACAAGAAUCACUUGAACCCCAGAGGUGGAGGUUGCAGUGAGCCAAUAUUGUGCCAUUGCACUCCAGCUUGGGCAACAGAGUGAAACUGUGUCUCAGAAA